AUGGAGGACCCUCGCGCGCAAACCGCCUCGCCGCAGGCCGGCUCGCAUCCCAGCUCGAGUGCUUCCCUAUCGAGCAACCAUGAAGAUGUAGAGAAACAACGAUUGCACGAUGAGAAGAGCGGCAAGGAUCCUAAUCUCGUGGACUGGGAUGGACCAGACGACCCUGAAAAACCAACCAACUUCCCCCGCUCCAAAAAAUGGACCAUCACAAUCCUCCUCGGCCUCAUGACCGUCUCGGUAACCUUUGCAUCAUCCGUCUUCAGCACCGCCUCGGAAGUGACAGCCAAGAAAUUCGGCGUCUCGGACGAAGUCAUGGUUCUAGGAACCAGUCUCUUCGUCCUGGGCUAUAGUUUCGGGCCGUUAUUCUUCGGCCCACUAUCCGAACUCUAUGGGCGCAAGAUCCCCCUGUUCACGGGAUUCUUCAUCUUCGCCAUCUUCCAGAUCCCCGUGGCCGUAGCCCAAAACCUCCAGACCAUCAUGAUCUGCCGGUUCCUAGGCGGGCUAUUCGCCAGCGCCCCUCUCGCCAUCGUCGGCGGCAUGCUGGCCGAUCUCUUCGGGCCCGUGGAACGCGGCAUCGCCAUCGCCGUCUUCGCCGGCAGCACCUUCGUCGGACCCGUCACCGGUCCCAUCGUCGGCGGCUUCAUCACCAUGUCGUACCUCGGCUGGCGCUGGACCGAAUACAUCACCGCCAUCAUGGCCUUCUUCUUCGGUGCCGUCGGCUUCCUCAUCAUCCCGGAGACGUUUGGACCGGUUCUGCUGCAGCGUCGAGCAAGUCGCCUGCGCUUCGAAACCCGGAACUGGGCACUACAUGCCCGCUCGGAAGAACAACCCGUCGACUUGACCCAUAUCGCCACGGUGUAUCUCAUUCGGCCGUUUCUGAUGCUGGUCCGCGAACCCAUCCUCUUGCUUAUUACCCUGUACAUGGGUUUCAUCUACGGGUUCCUGUAUCUCUGUUUCGAGGCCUACCCGGUUGCCUUUCAGCAGGAGCGCGGAUGGAACGAGGGUGUCGGGGCGUUGCCGUUUAUUGCCAUCGCCGUGGGUGUGGUGUUUGGUUGCUGCGUGAUUAUUUAUUUCACGAAGACUCGGUUUCAGCGGAUUCUGGAACAGACGGGGCAGAUUGUUCCUGAGGAGAGGCUGAUUCCGAUGAUGAUCGGGGGGGUGUUGUUACCGGCAGGGAUGUUUUGGUUUGGAUGGACGUCGAAUAAACAUAUUAUUUGGGUGCCGCAGGCUAUUUCGGGGGGGUUUUUGGGGGCGGGGAUCUUGUUGAUUUUCAUGCAGGGCUUGAAUUAUAUCAUCGACUGCUAUAGCAUUAAUGCCAACUCGGCCAUUGCAGCAAAUUGUUUCUUUCGAUCUGGUCUAGGGGCGGGGUUUCCCAUGUUUGCGAUUCCAAUGUUCCAUAAUCUAGGCGUUCCAUGGGCCAUGACCCUCCUGGGAUGUCUCACGGCGAUAUUGUUCCCCGUGCCGAUCUUGUUCUAUAUUUAUGGGAAGAAGAUCCGGUCGUGGAGUAAGUUUGCGCCGACU